GAUUCCCAAGCUAUCGCCCAAUCCAUAAACUAAUAGUAAAUACCCACCUGACCUUGACCUGUGGCUUUGCAGCUCAGUACCAGAGAAAACAGAGUUCCGAUCUACAACAUUCUCUCCUACUUCUUCUACUUCUAGGGUUUAUUCACAGAGCAAAAUGGCCAUGGCUGCGCUCAGACGAGAGGGGAGGCGUUUCGCCCCUCUGAUCUCUCCUCAACCCAUCACCGCCGCCGUCCGAUCCUCUCUCAUCCAACAGGAGCAGGCCCCUCUGGGAGUGCGAUCAAUUUCAACUCAAAUUGUCAGGAACCGGAUGAAGAGUGUGAAGAGUAUCCAGAAAAUUACAAAAGCAAUGAAGAUGGUUGCAGCCUCAAAACUUAGAGCUAUUCAAACAAGAGCUGAAAAGUCUCGUGGCCUGUGGCAGCCAUUUACUGUUCUUCUUGGUGACACUCCCAGUGUUGACGUCAAGAAGAGUGUUAUUGUUACAGUUUCUUCAGACAAAGGUCUUUGUGGAGGAAUAAACUCUACAUCAGUUAAGACUAGCAAGGCACUUUUCAAGUUGACUUCUGGUCCUGACAAAGAAGCGAAAUAUGUUGUUGUGGGUGAAAAGGCAAAGGCUCAAUUCGUACGUGACUCCAGGAAGCACAUUGAUAUGUCCAUAACUGAGUUGCAGAAGAAUCCUCUAAAUUAUACACAGGUCUCUGUUCUGGCAGAUGACAUUUUAAAGAAUGUGGAGUAUGAUGCUUUGAGGGUUGUCUUCAACAAGUUCCAGUCAGUUGUCUCAUUUAUUCCAACAACAGCAACUGUAUUAUCUCCUGAGAUUGUGGAAAGAGAGGCUGAAUCUGGGGGAAGGCUUGGUGACCUAGACUCUUAUGAGAUUGAAGGUGGGGAGACAAAAUCGGAAGUACUCCAAAAUCUGACAGAGUUCCAAUUUUCUUGUGUCCUGUUCAAUGCGGUGUUGGAGAAUGCUUGCAGUGAGCAAGGAGCAAGAAUGUCUGCCAUGGAUAGCUCAAGCAGAAAUGCUGGCGAGAUGCUUGAUCGUCUCACACUUUCUUACAACAGAACUCGUCAAGCAUCUAUUACCACUGAAUUGAUUGAGAUCAUUUCUGGAGCAUCAGCACUUGAGGGCUAAUUACAGAAACCUACUUCUAGUUUUUCGAUGGUGACGAAAUAAUGUCUAAGUGGGGGCUUUCCUUGAACUAAUGAACUUCGUGUUGCCACCUGGGGGGAGAUUUUUUUUGUUUCUUUUUUGGCUAAGCUACUCUAAUAAUUACCCAGUGUCAAUCUUUAUACUGGGAAUUAAAAAAAGAAAGAAAUCAUAUUUGUGAUGGUUUUAUUGAUUUUGUAUGAGUUUGUUGUGCCUUCAAAUAUCUCUUUAAUAACUUUGGCCUGGCGACUUGUCUUUCA